AUGAAAGGCAGUCAGACAAAAGGGGUCUUAGUUGUUAUUCACCAUCCUGAGGUAUGGCCUCAAACGGCCAAAUUUAUCCCCACAGGAUCCAUCACCAUCUUCAGCAUCACUCCUACGUUUGCUUACAGCAGUUCCGGCGUCAAGAGAUUUCCACCAGCUCAGAGAGGAUGUUUUCUCGAGAACAAUUGAGACAUAAUUUUGUGGGGCGACAUAAAACUGGUGGUGAUUCCGACAAGAAUGCCACCCUCUGCGCAUCGUGCCUUCCUGAGUGUAGCCAUGUGACUUACAAUAUCGCCACAGAAUCAAAUGAGCUCCCUGAGGAGGAUAGAGCUUUAAUAACAUUGGACGUUCACUUUCGAUAUGCUACGAUGGUAAAAUAUAGGACGUAUGUUGUAUACGAGUUCCUGGAUUUAAUAGUUGCAUUUGGAGGUAUUGCCGGCUUAUUCUUGGGUUCAUCACUCCUCAGCAUCGUGGAAUUCGUGUAUUAUGCAUUGUGUGGAAUAUUCAGGGGGAAAAAUGUCCCUUCUUAGACACUAAUUACAACACCUGAGAGGCUAUUCAUUGAACUGCCGAUAUGUAUUGCAUUUAUCAUUUUAUCAACACAGUGAAAGAGUUGAAAUUUCCCAGUUAAAUUUUCAACUGAAUUUCUACUACACACGAUAACUAAAUAUAGGGGAAGUCUUUUAGGCUUCGCACACACUCUGAUUUCGAACACAUUAUACUUUUCCCUUAUUCCUGCAAUGAAUUUUACCUAAGUUUUUCAGAAAAUGUUUGACUUCUUAGGGAAAAGAGCGCUACCUUCAGACGACUGCAGCUUCGGA